UAAUAAAAAACGGAAGUAGUAGCUGUAAUUUGAAACCCGUAAAAAUGAUUAUUUUUAUUUUUUACCGAUUGUAAUUGACAAAUUUUCCUACGAGAUGAACUUGUUUUUACUGGUAAGUAUUUCACUUUUGACGACCAUCUUCAAAUUAAAGGUGGAAAAAUAGGAAGAGCACGUCAAUGCGGCAAUGCCCCAUUUUGUAGCCGCAGCACAAACUACUGAAUAGUUGAAUUGAUUUUUGAAGGCAAUUCAAUUGAUUGACAUCUACAUCUAACGGUUGCACGGAGACGGAUACGGAGACAGAUUGUAUUGAAGUGGGACUUUUGGGUUGUUUUUGUGUAAGUAUGGAUAAUCUCCCAGUUGAAGUUAUUGGUAACAUAUUGUCCCAACUUGGGGCUGCUAGAGAUGUGGUGAUUGCAUCUACUUCAUGCCGAAAAUGGCAUGAGGCUUGGAGGAAUCACCUUCAUUCUCUCUUGUUCGAUUCGAGUGAUUGGCCUUUGUACCAUGAUUUCCCACAAUAUAGAUUGGAAAUUUUGAUCACUCAAACUAUAUUCCAAACAAGAGGACUUCAACGCCUCUCGAUCCUUAUGGAUGAUAUCGACGAGUUCUCAGCUGCGCCUGUGGUUGCUUGGCUGUUGUAUACACGAGACUCUUUGCGCGAGCUAUACUAUAAUGUGAGGACAAUUCCUAGUGUGAACAUUUUAGAAAAAUGUGGACGGCAUAAGCUAGAGGUUUUGGCAUUAGCUCAUAACUCGAUCAUUGGUGUAGAGCCUAGUUAUCAGAGGUUUCCUCAAUUGAGGUCUUUGUUAUUGACUAGUGUUAGCAUCUCAGCACUGGACUUGAGUUUGCUGCUCAAUAUUUGUCCUAAGCUUGAGGUGUUAAAGCUUAUUAAUCCCGAUAUUGCCAUAUCUGAUAAUCAUACCACGUUGGAGCUCUGUAGUACUUCGUUGAAAGAUGUCUAUAUGGACGCAAUUAGCAUGGACAAGGUUAUAUUAGAGGGUGAUCAUAUUGAGAAACUGCAUUUGAAGGAUUGUACCCUUGAAAUGUUUUUGCUUGUUGGGAAAGGUGGGUUGAGGAUUCUUAGGAUUGACGAUGUUAGUGUUUUGCAUUUUGAUAUUGGUGAGAAUACUGAAAAUCUUGAAGUUGUUGAUGCAAGCAACUUCACAAUUAUGUGGCCAAAGUUUUAUCAUAUAAUCUCAAAGUCACCGAGAUUGAGGUAUCUUAGACUCUGGGGCGGAGUGUUUGAUGAUGAAGAUGAAGUUGUGGAUUUGGAGGCUGCUUCUGUUUGCUUUCCUCGACUGAAGCAUCUCUCUUUAAGCUAUGAAAGAGACUCUGUGCUUCAAUAUGGUUUGCCAGGAUCAUCUUGUUUGGAGAAUGUAGCUGUGUUGGAAUUGGGGUGGACGGUCAUCAAUGAUCUCUUCAUAGAAUGGUUGUCUGGACUUCUAGAAAGAUGCCCUAACCUCAAGAAGUUGAUUAUCUAUGGGGCUGUGUCAGGGGCCAAAACACAUGACGAGUGCAAUGCUCUCGCUCGCUUCACCUCAUCCAUUGUCCGGCUUAUGAGGAUUCAUUCACAAGUAGAGGUAUUAUUUGAAUUUGAAUGACAACUAUCCCUUUGUAAUUUUGGGUCAAGUUUAUUAGAAGUGUGGCUUGGUCAGGGACAUAUGCCACUCUCUUUCCGCCAAUCCUCUCAGGAUUAAGGCUUCCUAGAGAUAGAAAUUGCUGUAACCUUGCAUGUUCAUAAGCAAUAUUAGGAACCCAAAUGCUAUAAACAAAAUUAUGUUUUUAUGGAAAGAUUACACAUUUUCCAUUCACUGUUAAAUGUUGAUCAUUGUUUGUGGUUGGGUAUGAAGUCCUGGAAAUAUGGACCAAGAUGUGAUUUUUUUUUUUUUUUUUUUUUUUUUUUUUUUUUUUUUUUUUUGUUGUU